CGGGUCACCUCGAAUAACCCGCCUCGGUAGCAUGGACUCCGAGACUCUGCAACGACGCCGUUCGAGCUGUGCCGCCGGCAAUAACAACAACGCCGUCGUCGGGGCAAAGAGGGUGAAACGCAGUGAGAUACUUGCGAAGAAGAAAGCGGUUGAAGAACUCAUCAAAGCAGCAAACGCCGUAAUGAACCCUCUCGAAGCUUUCCACGCCUAUCGCCACUUCCGAUUGAAUGGUCUCUGUGUGUGUUUGAAGUCAGGACACGGCAAUCAACUUUCCUCUGCUGUUAAACAGUAUAUUCAGCGUCUCCUUAAGCUGAACAUGGAGGGACCCUAUGGAUCUGAGUGGUUGGAGGAAGAAAAGGUGAAGCGCAGAGAAAUGGUUGCACCUGAAGCUCGUUACAUCUUUGUGCAUGAGAUGGCCGAUUCAAGUGCUGAUGAGAUGAGAAUUAUGUUGACUGGAGAAGAUGCAUCAACUCCAUGUCUAGAUGAUAGUGGUCCCUUGGUUGGAUUUCUACAUUACCGCUUCGUUUUGGAAGAAGAGAUACCGGUGCUUUAUGUGUAUGAAUUACAGCUUGAGCAUCGUGUUUGGGGAAAAGGACUGGGAAAGUUUCUGAUGCAACUAAUUGAGCUUAUGGCUCAAAAGAACUGCAUGGGUGCUGUCAUGCUUACUGUUCAAAAGGCAAACUUACAAGCAAUGAAUUUCUACAUAAGUAAGCUGAGAUAUGUUAUAUCAACCAUGUCACCUUCAAAAGUUAAUCCAAUGAUGGACAAGAGUUAUGAAAUUCUUUGCAAAACAUUUAGUGAUGAAGCUAAAGCUGUUUUGGAGAACUGAGAGUGCCAUUGGAUUGAUUUUCUCAAGUACUGCCGCCAAAGUUCAUUAAACUUCUUCUCUUAUGAGCAGAUUGUCUACAUCAGUCUGGUAUCAAGAUACAGGCUUAUUUUUUGCUGGCAUGACAGUGGCUUAUUUGGAGAAAGACUGCACAACUUAUUUUUCUCAAUUUUAUGGGUUUCUUUUUUGGAGUAAUUAUUAAAACGGAGGGUAUGAUAUAGAUAUUUAUCAUUUAAAUUUGUUAGAAAUCAAUUCUCUGUUCUGGCUGAAAAUUAAGCCUACAAGAGUGCAUAUUCUGGCAAGAAUUAUACUAGUAAAAAAUAACUUUUGGCCUUUGAAAAAAAUACUAGGGAAGAAUAACAGAAAAUUUAGGUGUAUUUUACCUGCAGCUAUAUGAGAUGUGAAAUCGUUAUCCAAUGCUCUACUUCAUCUUUCCAUACAGAGUUCAGAAAUUUUAAAAAAAAAUGCAUAAAUGUGUCAUAUUUAUAAUAACUUUUAAUUGCCAUGCAUGAUAUGUCUACAUGAUAUGAAUCCGCUUGAGAAUUGGAUACAAGGAUGCAACAACAGUUCCCAAAAAAGAUGCUGAUUUCACCAUUUCUCAGCAUGAAGCAUGUCUCGCUCGGUGGGUCUCGAAAUUGACUGAUUCCAAAAUGAAGUGUUGGAAAACUUUUUGAAAAAGUUUGGCUCAAGAACCCCGGAAAAAUGCUACUCAUAACUUGAGUUAUGAGCAAAUAAUAUUCUACACAUGAGCUGUUGCAAAUAGAAACCCUAUAUCAUGCGCAAAAAUUGGGGUUCCAAAGACUAGAACAUAGAAUAGUUAGGGCAAGGGAAAGGCACCAUGAUCUGAUAUCAAUAAGCUAGAGAACGCCACAAUGAUUAGAACACCCUUAAUAAGUUUAGAGGUUCUAUGAAGAAACUUGGGCAAACUAGUCUCAUUGUAAUAUUUUGUGAAUAGUAUUUUGGUCUAUAUUGAUCUUUAAAUGUUUUGGGCUUAAAUAUGCUUGCGGUCCUUGAGAUUAUACGAGGAAUCAAAUUGGGUCCCUGAAAAAAAUUCUUUGAAAUGUCAUCCUGAAAAUUGUUUUUUAAUCAAAUUAAGUCAUUUUACUCAAUUUUGACUAGUCAACGGUCCAGUGGCAAGCCUAGUCAGCUGGAUGACCACGUAGGUUUUUUCACAUCAGUUUUAGUCCAUGUAAUUUUUUGAAAUUAUGUUUUAGCCCCUCUUCUUCCACCACAACCUUCUUCCUCUUCCACUUUCAUCUUCUUCCGCUUCCCCUCCAUCUUCUUCAAACCUAGAAAAACUCAUUUUCUGUAAUUCCUUCUUAAGCACCCGUGUUCAUUAAUACUUCUUAAGCAUUUUUUUCUAAAAUUAUUUAAAAAACUCAUUUUUUUGGUAAUAUUUAAAAAACUCAUUGAGUUACAUUUCCUUUUUUUAAAUAAACAAACAUCUUCAAAAUAAUUUUAUUUUCCGUAAUUCCUUUCUUUGUGUUUUUAGUAAAUAUUUUGCAAAGAGUAUGUUCAUUUCACAUUCCCGCAAUCCCUUUCACUGCGUGCGAGCCCUAAAAGCGAUGUCCGCUUCACCCUACCUGGAACCUGACGCGGAGGUGGAAUUUUGUUCCGAAAUCGCCGGCCAGCGCUCCUGGUCCAUCGGCAAGAUCGUCAGCAGGCCCAGCUUCUCCCCCGACCAUGUCUUGGUAGAGUACGACUACGAGCAAGACACCAAUCCCAAGACACAAUCCGUGAGCAUUGACAAGGUCCGGCCACGCCCUCCGCCGGAGACCCACCAUGACUUCAAGAUCGGCGACAAGGUGGACGCCUACGACAAGGGCAGCUGGAGGGAGGGACACCUAGUCAAAGAAUUAGAAGAUGGCAAGUUCGCUGUGGAUUUCAAUCUUCCCAAGCAGUUAAACGAGUUUCCCAAAGAGAAUCUCAGGACCCACCGCGAAUGGAUCGAUGAUCAUUGGGAGCCACCAAUCCAACAACAAAAGCAGGAGCUGUUCAGAAUAGGCGACUUGGUUGAGGUUUCCAGUGAAGUGGAGGGUUAUCGAGGAGCUUGGUUUCUUGCCGAAGUUGUUGAGCUAAAGGUACAAGGAAAGUUCCUUGUUGAGCACAAGCAUCUGCUGCAUGAUGUAACUAAAAAGCUUUUGGAAGAGAAGGUUGAUGAUAAUCACAUAAGGCCUCUUCCGCCCAAUGCACUGAGUUCAAAUCGUGAUUUUGAUGCUUGGAAAAUUGGUGAUCCUGAUGCUAAAUAUAAACUACUGGAUAGAGUUGAUGCUCAGUGCUUUGAAGGCUGGAGGGUUGCUAUGAUUCGAAAGGUUCAUGUAAAUAACACAUAUGACGUUUUCUUGGAGGGCGACCCACAACCAUUGAAUGGUCUCACCCCCGAAGAGUUAAGGCGGCAUUACGAAAGGGUUGAUUGCGAUUGGGAAAUAGCUUCUCAGGGCAGCAGCUAUAGCUCUGAUGAUUAGUAAGGAUUUUGCUCAAAUUUGGAAGAUCCAGGCUUGAAGUUAUUUUUCUUUGGAACAGAAACUUUUAUGGGAAAAAAUGAAUGCUCCAAUCUUGACUGUAUAAACUGAAGACCUGGAUAACUUUUGCUGUUUUUUCAUGAGUGUAUCACUCUUUGCUAAACUUGAUAGCUGCUACUCUCUUAGGAUUCAUGAUAUUGAGGAAUGUGAAUGUCACUAGCGCCGGUUAGAAACUAGUUUCCCCACCAUUCCUCAAUUACUACUGCGGUUUUAACUGAUAUUAUCUAGACUAGUAUUUAAUUUUUCUGUUAUUGUUAUCUGGAUUUUUCUACCUUAAACUUUAUUAGAAGAGGGACCUGUUGAGACCCAACUUCUGCUUCA